AGUGCUCCCUACCUAGCAAUUCCUUGGGUUUCACCGCUCGCGAGUAGCUUAAUCUAAAAUUAUAAUAAGCGCUUAUCUGAAGAACACGGGCCUUAAUUGGAAGUCCUUAUCUUCUGGCGAAUUUGGUAUCGCGAAUUAAUUUAAACGGCCGCAAAAUAACGGCCAAUGUAAACAGUUCUCAGAAAACUAUGAUUGCGAACGGACAGCAAACAAUGUCGAACCAUCGCCCAUUGGCCAGUGUCGUGCUUUUGGUCCUGGGUCUCUGUCAGGCCACCGCCGGAGUGGCUAUCGCCCAGCCGAAUGGAAGAGUGGUAGGCGGAACGGCAGCUGCUGCCAACAGUGCUCCAUAUGCGGUCUCAAUGCAAUACGGCGGAACUCACUACUGUGCUGCUAGCAUUAUCAAUGCAAACUGGCUGGUUACGGCUGCCCACUGUCUGACGAACAGCGCCCAGGUCCUGGGAAGUACUCUGGUGGCCGGCAGCAUUGCGGUGGCGGGCACUGCAAGUACCACGCAAACCCGGAGCAUCACCUACUUUGUGAUCAACGAAUUGUACACUGGCGGAACCGUGCCGUACGACAUCGGACUCGUCUACACUCCCACCGCCUUCGUAUGGUCUGCGGCUGUGGCUCCUGUCACGCUUCCGUCUUCGGGUGUGGUGCCGACUGGAACAGCCAAUCUGUAUGGAUGGGGUAGCACCAGCACAACAAGUACGGCCUCGUAUCCCUCUACUCUUCAGGUGGCGUUCAACUUGCCCAUCAUCAGUUUGACUACCUGUUCAGCAGCUUUGGGCGCCAAGGGUAGUGAUGUCCACUCGACCAAUCUAUGUACAGGUCCUCUGACCGGAGGCGUCAGCAUCUGCACAUCGGACUCGGGAGGUCCUCUAAUGCAGAAUAAUGUCCUUGUCGGCAUAGUGUCAUGGGGUCAACUUCCGUGCGGACAAGCCAACUCUCCAUCGGUUUAUGUACAAGUUUCGUCGUUUAUUUCUUGGAUUUCAAGCAACCAAGUGGCUCCUUAAAGCGAAUUAAGACGAAUUUAAAUAUUCUUUAAAAUAAAAGCAGCAAAGUGUA